AUGGAAGAAAAAGAAAAGGAUCAAAUGAAAUCGAAUCAGGACAGCCCGCAAGAGUUACCUGAAAGGCCAGCGCUGGAGCACGGCCGAGUUGAAAAAGAGCAGAUUCAGGAUAUCGAAUUUGAAGACGCGGUGGAAAGAAGCAAGGUCCGUGACUGGUCGGACGUCAGAGCCGCUCUGGAGGCAAUCGCAGGACAUGAGAGGCAGCGAAUCCCUGCCAUGUCAAGGGAUGGAUGGAUCGCGACAGCUCUACAACAUCCACAGGACAGCUCCCGGCGCAAAGCUCAACAAUUUGCAGCAGCCGCCGAGGACUGCUACUAUCCUAAGAUAAAGGUAAACUCCUGCCGCUUUCAAGCAAUGGCGAAGUAUUGUUUAAAAAAAAUCAGCAAAAGGCAGAGCUGUGCUAAGCGUUACAAAAUAGAGAAGAAAGUCAGGGAUCACAACAAAAAGGUCAAAAAAGAAGCAAAGAAGUUGGGCCGAAAAAAGAAAGCAGAGAAAGUCAUCACUGUACCAAAAGCAUGCCCAUUCAAAGAAGAAAUCCUUGAAGAAGCCGAGAAAGCGCGAGAGCGACUGAAAGCCCAGAUAGAGGCUAAGAAGGAAGCGUCAAAGCAAGCACGCGCAGGAAAGCGGAAGAGCCCGGUGCCAACGGAUUUACAGUCGUUAUCAGAAAAAGCAGCCAAACAGGGUGAAGAGUUUGAAAAACAACAAGAAGCAAGGAAUCUCGCCACUAAGGAUUUCAAUCCAUUGAGUGACCGAUCUAUCAAGGCCUAUGCUAGCGAAGUGCGAAAGAUGAUAGAAACCGCAGAUAUCAUAAUUCAGGUCCUAGAUGCCCGCGAUCCUCUUGGCAGCAGAAGUGCAUCUGUCGAACAGCAAGUCCUUAGUAGUGGCAAACGGCUUGUGUUAUUGCUAAACAAGAUUGACCUUGUGCCAAGAGAUAACGUCGCAAAGUGGCUUACCUAUCUUCGAACGCAGUUGCCUACAAUUGCUUUCAAAGCCAGCACACAGGAGCAGAAUACCAACAUCAGUCGAUUCAGCAGCUCCAAUCUAAACAACUCUUCCUCCGCCAAAUGCAUAGGGGCCGAUCUUGUAAUGAAGUUAUUAGGAAAUUAUUGCCGUAAUAAGGACAUUAAGACAAGCAUUCGUGUUGGAAUUGUCGGUUUCCCCAAUGUUGGUAAAAGCAGUGUUAUAAACAGUUUGAAACGAAGGCGAGCCUGCAAUGUAGGGGCGCUGCCGGGAAUAACAAAAGAGAUACAAGAGAUCGAGAUUGACAAACAUAUUCGCUUGAUAGAUUCGCCGGGUGUGGUGUUGUUGGGCGCAAAUGAUUUGGACCCUGUUGAGGUUGCGCUAAAAAAUGCCAUUCGUGUGGACUCAUUGAUGGAUCCUGUUGCUCCCGUGUAUGCUAUCUUACGAAGAUGCUCAAAAGAAAUGUUAAUGCUUCACUACUCGAUACCUGAGUUCAACUCUACAGAUCAGUUUCUCGCCUUAGUUGCUCGCAAACUUGGUAGGCUGAAAAAGGGAGCUCGACCUGAUACUAACGCGGCUGCUAAACACGUCUUACAUGAUUGGAAUAGUGGACGAUUGAGGUACUAUACUCAACCACCGGAAGAAGUCUCAUCCAGCGCACCUGAAACGGGGGUUUCUGCGGAAAUUGUCAAUCAGUUUAGCAAAGAGUUUGACAUUGAUGCUCUGGAUGACGAUUUGAAGCAGUUGGUUGAAGGUCUACCCAUGGAUACGGACGCGACGUUUGUGCCAUAUAAUUCAGCCAACGAAGAAGAGGAAGAGGAGUUAGAAGGAGGGAUGGAAGUGGAUGCCAACCCUGUGAUUGUCAGCAGUGGCAAAAGCAAGAAAGUUGAUCGAGACCGCGAAAGCAGCGAAGCAAUUCCCCUGCCUACCAGUUUGGUAAUUGAUGGUAAUGUGCAGUUGAAUCGAGUUAUCAAGAAAACCUUAAAGAAGAACAAGCGUGCAGCGAAGAAGCAAGAGCGACGUACAAGUAAAUUGACUGAAGCCAUGGAUGUGACAAUGCUUUGAGUUGAUUUUCGAACUUUUCUGUUGAUUUUUCUGUUGUUUCGGAGAUCGUUGAACUGUUUACAGUGAAUCGUUGUAAAUCUGUUAGUUGUUACCCUGUUGUUAACGGAUAAAAUUCUAUAUAUUUCUUUAGUAUGUUUCACUUGUUUUUCAAAUCGUUGAUUUAUCCUAGAGUUUCCAC